UAUCUAUUGAUCACGUCGGCAAAGCUGCAGCAGGUCGAUUUCGAUUUCAGUAUCAUUUAUGUACGACUAGCCUAAAACCAAAAGUACAAAGUAGUUCAAUCAAUUUUCCGCAUCCAUACUUUUCUCAAUUAUAUUAAGCAUCUGAUCUCCACCAUUCAAAAUGAAGAAAUCUCCCACCAAAAGCGACUAUAUCCCUCCGUCCGAGCGGGAGUCGCUUCGAGACGUCGUCCCUACCCCUCAAGACGAUCCGAAAACGUCUUUGGUGGCAAUCGAUUACGAGCCUCUGUUCGCAGAGAUUCAUAGCUAUUUUCGAACCUUCUAUCUCAACGAAGAAUACUCCGAACGCGCUUUCGAUCUGACAACGGAGGUUAUCGAGUGCAAUCCGGCGAAUUACACUGCCUGGUGGUUCCGAAGGAAGUGCUUGCAGGAAGCUUUUCUUAUGGAAGGCUCGUCUAGAGACUCCGCAAGUACCAUGAAGAAUUAAGGGUAGGUUAAUGGUGCUUUUCUUACCGCUUUUUAUGCCUCUCCUAAGGGAGAAAGGCAUAACAAGCGGGGUAAGCGAGCAGCAAAAACCUACCUCUAAAAGAGGUGCUCCAUACAUCGUGAUAUCGAUCAUUUCGCUUAGCUGUUCUUCACUUGGUCUCGACCGCAGUUUUGUUGAUUACCAUCAUUCUUGCUCCUGAUUAUUUUGUCGUUACUUAUAAGAAACGACGAAUUUUUACCUUAUAAGGUCUAAUCUCCCCAACCGCAAGUACCACGAAGAAGUCCUGCAGGAAGAGCUCGAUGGUUUCUGCAAAGAGUGGCUAGCGCGGAGUAGUAAGAACUACCAAGUCUGGUACCACAGGAAGUGGCUGAUUGAACAGCUGAAUGUCUUGCCGAGAGGAGAGCUCCAAUUGAUGAGCGAUUUACUAGCCGACGACGACCAUAAAAUCUACAAUGUGUGGAGUCAUAGGCUGUUUCUGGUGAAAACCUUUUGCAGCAAAAGCAAGGAGAAGCUGGUAGGGGAAUUGGGGUACACAACGGAGAUGCUGAGAAGAGACGUCUACAACAAUUCAGCGUGGAAUCACAGAUACACGAUACAAGGGAUGGUACUGCUUUUUUCUAGGUUUAAGAUGUUAAGAUGUUGAUGACUGAUUCUGAUUUUUUCUAGGUUUAAGAUUGAUGUUGAUCGUCCACAAUGUGCUGGAUGUGCUUCUUCACUAAAAUAGUAUCUUCGUCAUCAUCUACCUUGAUAGCUUGAUGUCCUCGUAGUCAAGAAGCUUCUAAGUUUUCCUGAUCAACAACACAAUGAAUGGAUGCAUCAAUUCAAAGAUAUAAUAUUUCUCUAUAAUCCCACAUAUUUCACCACAGCUCCGUCAACUCCUUGGCAUCGAUCUUCAAAGCCAAGAGCGCAAAGCUUUAGACACAGCCGAAGAACAUGCCAUCAUAGAGCUUCUCUUCGUCAAAGAUCGGUUACUCGAAGCCGACGACAACGAAGCUGCUUGGAACUACCUUCUAUUACGGCUGUACCUAAUACAUCUUUGGACAUCACAUCCUUGAUGAAAUGUAUGGACGAGGAGUAUCCACGACCUAAGGGAAUAAUACUCCCCCAUAGUACUUUUCAAGGAUGCAGCACUUGAAAGAUGAUAAUUACGGAGGACAGCUCUAAUUCUAGCCCUUACCGAAGUGGAUUAUAAGUGGUUGCUAGAGCCGUUCUAUGAUGGAGGAGCCGAGACGUCAGCUAAAAGUAGGGACCCAGUAGUCGGAAAGUUCUUGGCCAAGGAUAUAGUCGACUGCUUCCGCCAGAAGGACAAGGAGAACAAGCAUGCAAUCAAAUUCGAAGCGUUUUUGUACGUGACGCUGAGCAGAGUAGCAAAAGCACGAAAACAAGAACUAGAAUCGAGGUUGACGAAAGGGUUAGCUAGGGCGUCGGAGCAUUUUGAAGAAUUGCGGAAAGCGGAUCCGAUAAGACAAAACUUCUGGAUGUGGAAGAAGGAUUAUCUGAAAAAAGAAUUCGGGCAAGACAUGGCGGUGGCUGGGAGCUAAUGUGGAGAUUUUGAGACUUUGACUUGUCACAAUGACUUGUCAGUCUUUCCCUUCUCGGCACCAAGAUGAAAGACAAGGCAUAUUCAUUAGCCAAUUCCCUGGCGUCCCAUUUCCAUUUGUAGGGGUAGUUUUUU